AUGCAUUGGUUAUUCGUAGGUUCUGCCGCUCUUUCACUAUUCCUCAUAUCCUCAGCUUUAUUUCACGGAACUGUUGACUACGGCCACUGGAACGAACUCCGAGGGCUCAGCCAUAACACUACGUACAACGCCUCAGAGGCAAAGAAGUCAAGCCCUCCUCUUGUCAUCGAUACUUUCCAAAAGCCAACCCACAACGACCUGGGAUUCUGGCAUGGCCCCGGGGAGAAUCUAUCCGUGCAACAUGGACGGGGCUUCACUCGUCUAUUCCCAACGGACCCGGACCAGAACUUCCACACACAGUUCGAUUCCAACACCUGCUACAGCCUGUUACCUUGGUAUAAUGAAUACCUUCAUAUUAUCUUCGAGGGGACAGAUCAGUUUAGCGUCUCCUUCAACCAACACAACGACGAAUGCAACCCGAAACGCAGACCUUUCCCCGGCGUUGCAUACUCCGUUCAGGCGGACCGGUAUGUGGUUCGUCCUGCCACCGAGGCCAAUGGCGAGGAAGAUGAUUGGGACGAUGAUUAUGACAACGAUGAUAUGGACGCAGAUGCUUGGAAGAAAAAACACAAGCAUAGAAAAUCGAAGGGCGAUCGACGCAAGCACCCCAAAAGCCAUGCCGAACUUCCAAAUGGACGUCGUGAGCUGUAUAUCCCUCUCACUCACUUUGAUAUCAAUUUCAAUCGCGUCGUGUCGGUUUCGUUCCAUGGCUUCUACACCAAGGAGUCUAUUACUCUGCACCGCGUAGAGAUCGUGCCUGAUAUUCCAUUGCCGUCGCAGGAAAAUGGUCAUUAUCGUUUGCCUCCAAAGCUGCCCAGUGGGCGAUUGAUACUCCGUUGUUCCCGUCCAAAUUCCUUUGCAUUUGGUAUCGAUGAUGGACAGCCGCAGUUUUCUCAGCGGGUCAUGCGCAUCCUUGACGAGGAGGAUGUACGGGUUACUUUCUUCGUUGUCGGAACUGGACUCAGGGAUCGGUCGACCAACUUCACGGAGUUCUAUAAAGAGAUGCUGAGGAAGGGGCACCAGAUUGCGCUCCAUUCAAACACACAUCCAAAGAUGGAAUCAUUGAGAACCCUCCGUGAGAUUGAUGACGAGAUUAUCCAGGCUGCGCAAGUCUUCAAACAUCAGCUCAAUAUCGAGUCUUCAUACUUCCGCCCGCCAUUCGGUACAGUCGCUGCCCGGCUGCGCCAGGAGCUAGCCCAACACAUUCCAAACCCGUACAUUGUGAACUGGAGUGUCGACGUCGAAGAUUGGCUGUGGGCAAAUACGUCCACCCCAGAGAAGCAGCUCGAAGCCUUCUACCGCGAUGUGAAUAGGGGCGGGAAUCUUGCCGUCAUGCACUACCUGAAUCCGACUACCAUUGGGUACCUACCGGAGUUCAUUCGACAUAUCAAGAACUCCGGAUACCGCAUCAUGCGAAUUGAUCAGUGUCUGGAGGAUGUGUUCGCUCCACCGUUGUGA